AUUUACAUAUUUGUUGUUAGAGGAUAGUUUUAAAGGUAUUUAUAAUAUUGCCACCAUAGUUUAGCCACUAAAAGUCAAUUUUCUUGUAGUGGGUGUUUGGAUAUACUCGGUUAGCUGGAUGGAUAAGCCGAGUUGGAUUCGAGUUUGGGAGGCGAAGAUCCCUCCGAAGUUGAAGGUGUUUGUUUGGCAAAUUCUUAAUCGGGCUCUGCCGAUUACGGAGGCGCUUAUUGAGAAAAAGGUCCAGGUGCUACCUCGGUGUCCAGUUUUUUUGGAUGGCCCGGAGACAAUGGAACACAUGUUCCUUUAUUGUCCGGUUGCGCGGGCCCUCUGGGAUUAUUCUGGGCUGGAAUACUUGGGGGAGGGGUUGCCUCGACAUACUUUUCCUUUGUUUCUCAAACGUCUGUUGGGUUUGAUCGAUCAACCGUCAGUGGUUAUGGCUGUUGUUGCCAUCUUUUGGAGGAUCUGGCGAUCUCGGAAUUGGGUAGUCUUUGAAUGCAAACAAUUUGGGAUCCCGGCGCUCAUGCGACAGUUUAACCAACAGUAUGAGGAAUGGGUGGGUCUACCAGCGGACCAGGCACCUAGGCCUCAAAUCCCGAUAAUGCAAUCUCCAACGCAAGUGGGUGAUUCCCAUUUGGUUUGCAUGUGGGACGGAGCUACUAAGGGUGUGUCACAUUCGGCUGGUGGGAUGGUUCUUUUUGACCCAGCGCGGACUCUCCUUCUGGCUAGAGGGGUCCAGUUUUCUCAAAUGGAUGAUCUUGUAGUGGUGGAAUUGCUUGUGCUUAGGGAAGCGAUUAUUUGGUGUGUGGAGCAAGGUUUGUCGGAGGUCCAUUUUGAGGGCGAUGCAAAGGUGAUUAUUGACAAAAUUAAUCAAGCCGACACAAGAGAUAGCAAGUUGGAUGCUGUUUUGGAAGAGAUUGCUCAUUAUUUUCGUACUCAGCCUGGUUUUAGUGUGCGUUUUGUAGGUCGGGAGAACAAUAGGGUAGCUCAUUUGGUAGCUAGGAAAACCCUAUCUUUGUAUCCGACUAUGAGUCGCUUCUUUGAUUUCCAGACCUGGCUGGUUUCCAGGGUGUAACUGUCUAUUUUUUCGAUCAAUACAUGAUAUCUUUUGACAAAAAAAAGGUGUUUGGAUAAAACGGAAUCAAACGUGCAAUCUUUCAUGUGGGAGAAGGCUCGAAUGAAAUAAAGGUAGAUGCCCGCCCACGAUCAAUAUGGUUUUGAUCGAUACAGAGCUAAACUUGAGCUUGGAAUCCACCAAAGCUCUCAAAAGUAUGCAACUUGCACAAAACCAAACGGUUUCUUUUUUAUUCAACAUAGUCUACUUUACAAUGUGAAUUGAAAGGUAUUUAAAGACAAUAAAAACCUAAUACAAACCCAUAGAACUAGGGCAAUAAAUAUGGUAAAAACAAACCCUAAAAAGAACACAAAAUUCGGCCACAAACUCUCUUUCUUCAAGCACAAGUAAGCUGCCUUUUAGCACAAGCAAACUGCCAGAAAAACAGUUUUCGUACUAACUUCGUGUCAUUCGUUCGAGGCGUUCCAGAAUUCCAAUCCUUCAUGCAAUUCCUUCCCUUGAUAGACAAACAUACCUAUUUUCAUGCCGUGGAAACCUUUGUACUUGAAUCACGUCCAUGCUCUUCGAAUCGAGCUCCAAAGUAGGCUUCACAAAACAGUUUUCUGACAGACAAAUUCUGCCAGUUUUCAGCUUUCCCGAUAACAACUUUAGACGCUUGGAAAAUGACCGUAUGGACUUUCUCUUGGGCUACCAAGCAUACCACCGUGUAGAUAAUCUUCUUACCUUCAAAACAAUCUAUCAAACUCAAAUUUUCAUUGAGCCAAUUGUGAGAACCAAGCCUCCAAAGUAGGCCACCUGAAACAGUGAAAAUACUUAACCAAAACUUAAUGUUCUUCAAGAAGUUUGAGUUUGCUUCCAUUUCAAGUAAUUGUGACUCGUAUAUUGGUCCAAUUUGGAUCAUAUCACCCUCCCUCAAAUUGAUGUUUGGUACGUAACAUCAAUUUGCCAGAUAGGUACUAGUGUCUACUUGAAGAUACAACCUUAGUGAGAAUGUCUGCAAUCUGAUCUUCAGUAUUCAGAUAGCUAAUAUGUAUAAUUCCCUCUGCCACCAGCUGACGGAUAUAAUGCACAUGAACUUCUAUGCGCUUAGUUUGAUCAUGCAGGACGAGGUUGAUGGCUAUCUGAAUUGCACUCGUGUUGUCUCCAUACAGGCGCAUAUGCAUUCUACAAGCAACACCAAGCUCAAGAAACAAUCUCUGCAGCCAGACCAUCUCGGAACUAACCUCAGACAUGGACCUAUACUCUGCCUUAGUAGAUGAUUUGGACACCCUUUCCUAUUUACGACACCGCCAUGAUACAAAGGCUUUGCCAAACCGAAUACACCAUCCAGAAGUAGAUCUCCGUGUAUCCAAACAUCCAACAUAUUCUGCAUCUGCAAAUGCCUCAAUCACUGCCUCCCCUCCUACAGGGAAGAAAAGUCCAACCUCUAUAGUAUGCUUGAGAUACCUAAGAAGCCGAUGGACUGCAUCCAAAUGAGUAGUACGCGCCAUGCCCACAAAUUGGCUCAAAACCUGAACGGUGUAGGCAAUAUCUAGCCUAGUAUACGUGAAGUAGAUAAGACUACUCACAACACUGCGAUAAAAAGUCUGGUCAUCAAGAAGAUCCCCAUUAGAACGACUCAGCUUCAGGUUCUGUUCCAUGGGAGUAGCACACCACUUGCAAUCUGCAUACUCUAUGGCCGCCAAUAAGCCGGUGAUAUACUU